ACGUGACUCGCCGACGGGGGGCUCAGACCGGAUUGGUGUUAAUAAACUUAAAACCAGAUCCCUCUCCAGCUUUCCAAGGGCCGUUUCGCAAUAACACGACGUUAACGUGAGCAAAGGUCAAGCUCAAAUCAAAACAGAACACCCGAAAUGAAGCUUGUCGUCGUCGUGGCUGCUCUUCGGUGGCUCCGGGUUUAUGCACAGAUUGUCAUAUCCAGCAUAAUGUGCAUCUACAACAAACCUGAUUGGACCGAGCUUGCCAAAAAAGGCAGAGAUGCCUGGAGCUGAAUCUAUCAUGUACUCAUGGAAAGGGGAAUGGUUCUCGCCUGUGGGCAGGAUCCCGAGCUGGUACCAAACAUCUGCCGUUGGGUUCGACAGGCUGUUCACGUUCCUUUCUUUGCCAAACUCGCCCCUAAUGUGAACGACAUCGUGGACAUUGCCAAAGCUGAAAAGGAAGGUGGAGCAGAUGGAGUCACAGCCACCGACACCGUUUCGGGGCUGAUGGGAGUCAAGGCAGACGGCUCUCCCUGGCCUGGCAUCGGCCGAGGAAGGCGCACCACAUAUGGCGGAGUGUCUGGAAAUGCGAUUCGUCCAAAUCCAUUACUACCACAGUCAAAGCUCUGCCUGUAUUUCCCAUUCUGGCCACCGGGGGCAUUGACUUUGCUAAGUCUGGACCUUAGUUGCUCCACGCUGGGCCACAGCAAGCAAACUCUGGACUUCACUGUGAUUGAAGAUUACUGCUGUGGUCUGAAAGCCCUGCUUUACCUAAAAAGCUUCAAAGAGCUCGAGGGAUGGAACGGCCAGUCACCCCUUACAGCCCGCCAGCAGAAGGGGAAACCUGUGGCUAUGCUAAAAGAGCUCAAAAAAGUGAGAUAA